AUGGCCUCGGCACUCUUCUUCCUCGACUUGAAGGGCAAGACCCUUCUUGCCCGGAACUAUCGAGGAGACAUUCCCAUGUCCGCUGUAGAAAAGUUCCCUAUCCUACUCUCAGAAGCCGAAGAAGAAUCGUCGGCCGUUCCCCCUUGCUUUUCCGACGAAGGCAUCAAUUACCUCUAUAUUCGGCACAACAACUUGUAUCUCCUUGCAUUGACAAAGCGAAACACGAAUGCCGCAGAAAUCCUCCUUUUCCUUCACAAGAUCGUCGAAGUCUUUACCGAGUAUUUCAAAGAGUUGGAAGAAGAGUCGAUACGAGACAACUUCGUCAUUAUAUACGAGCUGCUAGAUGAGAUGAUGGACUUUGGAUAUCCCCAAACCACCGAAUCCAAGAUUUUACAAGAGUAUAUCACGCAGGAGUCACACAAACUCGAAGUUCAAGCUCGUCCACCCAUUGCCGUCACAAACGCGGUGUCGUGGCGGAGCGAAGGGAUUCGAUACCGGAAGAACGAAGUCUUCCUGGACGUCAUAGAGUCACUUAAUCUGCUAGUGUCUUCGACAGGCAACGUGCUAAGAUCAGAAAUUCUCGGAGCCAUCAAGAUGAAAUGCUAUCUUUCUGGCAUGCCGGAACUUCGACUCGGCCUCAACGACAAAGCCAUGUUCGAGACUACGGGACGGGCUACUCGAGGGAAAGCAGUGGAGAUGGAAGAUGUUAAAUUCCACCAGUGUGUCAGGCUGUCGCGGUUCGAGAACGACCGAACCAUCAGCUUCAUUCCACCCGACGGAGAGUUUGAACUCAUGAGCUAUCGCCUGAACACAGCGGUCAAGCCACUGAUAUGGGUCGAGGCAGUGGUGGAGUCUCAUUCUGGAUCCAGGAUGGAAUAUAUGCUCAAGGCGAGAGCACAAUUCAAGCGAAGGUCAACUGCCAAUAAUGUCGAAAUCACCAUACCCGUGCCGGAAGAUGCAGACACUCCACGAUUCAGAACUAACGUCGGAUCCGUGCAUUACGCCCCUGAGAAGUCGGCGAUCGUGUGGAAAAUCAAGCAGUUUGGUGGAAGCAAAGAAUUCCUCAUGCGCGCAGAGCUUGGCUUACCUAGCGUCAAAGGUGAUGAUGAGCGUGGUGGAGGUAUGACUGGCGGCUUUGGCGGCAGUAUGGGCGGUAUCUCUGGUGAAGGCAAAGCAAAACGACCCAUCAACGUCAAAUUCGAGAUUCCCUAUUUCACGACCAGUGGUAUCCAGGUCAGAUACCUGAAGAUCAUAGAGCCAAAGCUGCAAUACCCCUCCUUGCCCUGGGUCCGAUAUAUCACACAAUCAGGCGAUAUCGCAGUCAGAUUGCCCGAUGUACAGAACUAA